GUCUAGUAAUCCACCGGAAACACAUUCAGUCGACAGCGAACGUGGUGGUGUCGAGACGAAAUUGAAACGGUGCAUCAAAUUACUGCAGUAAUGGCAAAGAAAGAAACCGUUGCCGAGCUAAUCAAGCAACGUUGGGAAAUAACCAAUGUGACUCCCUUUGGUGUCUACCUCCACUGUACUGCCAAAGAUUUUGCAUUGGAAAACGAGGGCUGCACUUUUGAGGAUGACUACGUACCUUUGGUCGAAGACAAGUGGAGGAGUCUUACAGAGGAGAAGAAAAUUCCCUACAUUAAAGUUGCCAAAAUGAAAAACGAUGCACAACAAAUGGAACGCCAAAAGAUUGACGAGAAAAUCAUACAGCUGCGACCAGGUUCAAGAGACUACAGAGGUCUUUACAUUACCCCUUUGCCAUCAAAUCUCUUGGAAAAAGACAAAGUCAUCGCAAGCAAACGUGGACUAAAUCCAGUAUCCUGGUGCCAUUGGUCUGAGCACCAAAAGAAUGUUCAAAAUCCAAAUUACAAUUGGAAAGACGACUAUCUACGCAUAACCAAUGAAGCCAACAGCACUUGGCCCUCGCUCACUGAAAAGCAGAAAAAUACGUUCAUUCACCGAGCCAAGGUUGAAUAUCGAAGGUUCACCGGGUCCGAUGAAGGAAACGAGGUCGUCGACUCCAUUUUGAAGAAAUCUUUAGAGGAACACGCUGCGUGUGGAUAUGGUAAACGACUGGCGACGGAAUAUUCAAGCGAUACAGAUUGAUUCGAAUAAUUCAUUGUGUGCUGUAUGAGAGACGGUAAUACAAUCGGGA